AUGAAUGGAACACAAGAAGCACCGACAGGAACGUCAUUGGCAGCGCAUUUCGAGACCAAGAGACGGAUUUUGGCUACUGUUAAGCAAAUGGAAAAGUGUAAUGAGAACGUCAAAGAAGCGACACCCGAUGAGAUUCUGGAAGCGCUUUGGAAGUCGGAAGAAACGGUUUUCAAGUUUAAGUUUCAGAUUGCAGAAGAAGUUCAAGCUCUUGGCACGAAUGUCAAGAAGAAUCGGAAGCGAAAGAGCAAACGAAAAGCCAAGAAGAAGUUGGAGAAAGUAGGAAAAACGAUCGAGAACGUCACGAGUGGAGAAAGACUUGAUGCUGUUGUGCCCAUGAUGGCAAUUGGCACUGCAAAGGACAAAAGGAACAAGUCAGUCGGAUCCAAGCAGAUGAAUGACAAAGUGAAGACUGAGAAUCUUGCCAUCUCUUCAUCCUUUUUGAAGUUACGCAAAGCGACGGGGACGGAGAGUGAAGUGGCCAAGAUGCACUUGCGAUAUGGCCAGGGACGACGAAAUUUGGCAGCAAUGAAGCAGCGUCAACAGCGAAAGAUGAUGAUGGAUGCACAUACGAUGGAAGCAGCAGCUACAAGCAACGACUUUAAGUUUAAUUUUACAACUUGA